CACUCAUUUUCACUCUUUCGUGUCUCAAGGUCAUCACGUGUUUCAGAGAGACCAGGUCAACUCUGAAUUAUUUACGCCAAACCCUGAGGUGACUCAUGUUAUCAUUGUUAUCCCCACAAAAUUACCACAGCUCUUUUCCGUUCCAGAAAGCAUUACCAUUUAGGCAAACACUGAAGGUAGCAUUAAUCCUUGAUGACUGCAAGCUCAGAAUGAAAGGGAAAUGACUUCAGUAUGAGGCAGUUGCAGUCCUGAGCCGAAGGGUUUUAACCACGAGCUAAUUCUUGUGCUAGUCAGAUCCUUGUGAGAGAACUCUAGGCCAGCUUGCUAGAACUGAGCAGGAGAAUUUGGAGAUGGUCCAGAGGAGAGCCACAAAACCCAAUCACGAGCAAGAGUAAGAGAUACUCAGGCUUUUACUGAGUAUCAUGUGGAAUGUUUCAACACAAAGCAUUGAGAACAGCUGCUCUGGGCCUUGACAAGAGAAAGGACAGAAAUGAGAACAGGUGGGAGAUUAAGAAUUUAGGUUAGAUAAGAGGCAAAGUCGGGAUGGUCAAAAAAGGGUUCAAGCUUAUCCCAAGCUGAGGAGGGGGAGGCCGAGUCCCUCCAGCAAGCCCCAAAGCCUCCACCCGCCUGUAUUUCCAGAGGAACCGUCAGACUGUGCUAAACUUGGGGUCCUUUUUGAGAUGGCAUCUGUGAUUCAGCUAUUCAGAACCUAAUGAAGUUGGUGACUCUGUGACAAUGUGGAGAAAUCAUGUCAGAAAAUGUGGUUUGUACUGGAGCUGUCAAUGCUGUAAAGGAAGUUUGGGAAGAAAGAAUAAAGAAACACAAUGAAGACCUGAAGCGAGAGAAGGAAUUUCAACAGAAGCUAGUGCGAAUCUGGGAAGAACGAGUAAGCUUAACCAAACUAAGGGAAAAGGUCAUCAGAGAAGAUGGAAGAGUCAUUUUGAAGAUAGAAAAAGAGGAAUGGAAGACCCUCCCUUCUUCUCUACUGAAACUGAGUCAGCUACAGGAAUGGCAACUUCAUAGAACUGGUUUGUUGAAAAUUCCUGAAUUCAUUGGAAGAUUUCAGAACCUCAUUGUAUUAGAUUUAUCUCGAAACACAAUUUCAGAGAUACCUCGAGGAAUUGGACUGCUCACUAAACUUCAGGAGCUGAUUCUUAGUUACAACAAAAUCAAGACUGUCCCCAGGGAACUAAGUCAUUGUGCGAGCUUGGAGAAACUAGAACUUGCUGUAAACAGAGAUAUAUGUGAUCUUCCACAAGAGCUUAGCAAUUUGUUAAAGCUUACUCACCUUGAUCUGAGUAUGAAUCACUUUACUACAAUCCCUCCUGCUGUGUUGAACAUGCCUGCUCUUGAGUGGCUCGACAUGGGAAGCAACAGACUUGAACAACUUCCUGAUACUAUAGAAAGAAUGCAAACUCUACAUACAUUAUGGCUGCAACGGAAUGAAAUAACAUGCUUGCCAGAAACAAUCAGCAAUAUGAAAAACCUGGGUACUCUUGUUCUCAGCAACAAUAAACUGCAAGAUAUUCCAGUGUGCAUGGAAGAGAUGACCAAUCUGAGGUUUGUCAACUUCAGAGACAACCCACUGAAAUUGGAAGUAACACUUCCUCCUAGUGAAAGCAUAGAUGAAGAAGAGGAACGGGAAUUAUUUGGCCUUCAGUUUAUGCAUAUAUAUAUACAGGAGUCACGGAGAAGAGCAGAUAACCAAGUCAACUGUUCAACUACUUUACCAAUCUCUAUGAAUACUGACGGAUAAUAUAACUCAAGAUGCCCUGCUGAAGAGAAUUACUUUGGGAAUUUGGUGAACUC